AUGGUCAAGAAGAAUGCCGUCGACCACAUGACUGCGAAGGCGCUCUACGAAGCCAUUCUUGUCUUUGAGGAUGGCUCGAAACAAAAAGCGUGUGUCCUGACAGGUGCUGGUGGUAGCUUUUGCGCAGGAGCCGACCUCCAGAGUGUUGCACAGGCAAACGACGACACACCCCGCGACAACCUCCAACCUAUCAAUGGACGGGUCCCUCCAGACUCAUUUUAA